GAGCUUGAAUAGGGAAGUUUUGCAGAGGCUGCGCUCGCAGUCAGUCCGGUGUUUGCAAAUAUUGUGUGGGCUCCGCGCUCUGCGGCUGCGGGAGGGUCCGGCCGGGUGUCCUAUAGCCGCGCCAGGAGUUUGCAUGCAACUUUCACCUGCGCUCGCGGGCCGAGUUUCCACUGCGACUCCAGCGCGCACGGCCGCCGGGGACCGCCGUCCGCACCCCGACAUGGACGUGCUCCCCAUGUGCAGCAUCUUCCAGGAGCUGCAGAUCGUGCACGAGACCGGCUACUUCUCGGCUCUGCCCUCCCUGGAGGAGUACUGGCAACAGACCUGCCUGGAAUUGGAACGCUACCUCCAGAGUGAACCCUGCUAUGUUUCAGCCUCAGAAAUCAAAUUUGACAGCCAGGAAGAUCUGUGGACCAAAAUCAUUCUGGCUCGGGAGAAAAAGGAGGAAUCAGAACUCAAGAUUUCUUCUAGUCCCCCAGAGGACACUGUAGUCAGCCCGAGUUUCAGUUACAACUUGGAGACCAACAGCCUGAACUCCGAUGUGAGCAGCGAGUCAUCUGACAGCUCAGAGGAGCUUUCACCUACCACCAAGUUUCCCUCUGACCCUAUCAGCGAAGCAUUAGUCAGUGCAGGAACUCUGAGCUCCUCAGUCACCUCCACACCUCCUUCUUCUCCUGAACUGAGUAGAGAACCUUCUCAACUUUGGGGUUGUGUGCCUGGAGAGCUGCCCUCGCCAGGGAAGGUGCGCAGUGGGACUUCGGGGAAGCCGGGUGACAAGGGUAGUGGCGACAGCUCCCCAGACGGCAGGAGGAGGGUACAUCGGUGCCACUUUAAUGGCUGCAGGAAAGUUUACACCAAAAGCUCCCACUUGAAAGCACAUCAGCGAACUCACACAGGAGAAAAGCCUUACAGAUGCUCAUGGGAAGGGUGUGAGUGGCGUUUUGCAAGAAGUGAUGAGUUAACCAGACACUUCCGAAAGCACACUGGUGCCAAGCCUUUUAAAUGCUCUCACUGUGACAGGUACGUGCAUGAGGGCUUUGCUGCAAGACACUCAAACAGUGUUGGGAGUGCAGUGACCAGGACAGGGCAGGUGUGCAAUAGCUCUUGUUGUGAAGAAAGGCCCAACAAUUUUCAGACAUUUGUUGACAUUUCUUUUUAAGCCCUGAGGUUUUUAAGGAAGCCUGUGAUGUAUUCCAUGUCCAUGUUAGGAAGCACAGUUCUGGGUAUGCUUGAGACUACUGGGGUUCCCCAUCUCCUCUGUUUAAAGAUUAGCCUUAAGUACUCUUCAGGUUUAAAGAAUGAGAUAGGAGUUUCAAUCAGAUUUUCCAAAACACUUCGCAGAUUACUCUUAAGUUGGGGUUUCCUGCCUCUGAAAUCCUUGACGAGAGAUGAUUUCUACCUUUCUGUUGAGAAGAGUCCGGUCAGGUAGUGCAGGGAAGUGUGGUGCUUGCCCUGUAACAUAAGCCCUGCAGGAAACCUAACUUCUUUGCUUCUGAUUUGCCCUUGCAGGUGUUUCUCCAGGUCUGAUCACCUGGCCCUGCACAUGAAGAGGCACCUCUGAGGGAGCAGAGGGGUGAAUCCUGUAGGCUAAAAGGCUUCCAGGCUGAGAGACAGCCGUGGAAGGAGGGAUGCGUGUUGCAGUCAAAGCAUGCUGUUUUGCACCCUACCCAGUUGCCUCCAGGGCCUCUCUGAAAGGUCUUUCGAGGGCUGACCAAGUCAUGUCAGAAGCGGCAUUACCACCUGUGGUGCAUGGUAUUGGGGUGAUCCUGGACUCGCCACUGAUACCUGACCUUCUGCGGGGCUCCGUGCCUUCGCUGUGAGCAUGCGCACUGAGAAUGUUAAUGGUUGGGCUGACUGUAUGUUGAGGAUCUAUUACUGACUGUAUGAUGCGGCAGACUUUUUUCUCUUGUGGUGGCACAACUGCAAGACAUAGGAAAAAAGUAGUUUGAAUGUUUUGUGUGUAAGGAGUAUACCAUGAGAUGAGAUGACCACCAAUCAUUUCCUGGGAGGGUGUCUGCACCUUAGAAAAAUAUAAAAACAAAACAAAACAAAACGUUAAAAAAAAAAAAAAAAAAAAAGAGGAGGGUGGGAGUGGGAACUCAGGACCCCAGAGAGGCACGUGGCGUGGGAGGGGGCCUCUGCCCCUUCCUGUGUGAGAGGAAUUGUUGGUGUUGGUGCAGCUAUUUAACGUGCAAUGUGUCCAGUAGCUUGUUUUACUUGCUACAGAGGAGCUCAUUUGUAACCCAUUGUAUAAGCUGUAUUUACAAAUAUAACACAAUGAUAAUUUUUCCUUAUAAUACAAGAAGUCAUGCAUGGUCUGGGGAACUGUAUGCUUUUCCAUUUUAAAAUCUGGACUGUAAUCUUGAUUCUGAUUAAUGAGCAGCUAAGAUACAAUUUGUCUGAUACAGUAAUCCCUUGCCGCAAAGGCUUGGCAAAACACAAUUUUUCCUCCUGGUUUGUAUUUUAUAACACUCCCCUUCCAGAAAAGUGUUGUGCAGCGUAAGAUUAUUUUUUAAAUGAUUCUGAAUUUGAAUUCACUUUUUGUGAUGCCCUUUGAAGAAAUUGGACAUGGGCCAAGUAUCCAAAAGCUGCAGCUGGAAAAUUGCUGGUCUGAUGUUACAUUAGGCUAAGAAAGAACCUAAAGUUUUUCACAGUUGGAUUGAAUAAAACCACUAAAGCUUAGAACCUUUUUCUCAUGCAGCUAUGUUUCUCUUAUUUAUGCCUUGAGGACUAAUUUCUGGUUUUCUAGCUGUUAAUGCACUGUUGACCUUCAUAAUGGUGCCUUAUGCAGGUGGCCCCCUUGUAGGGGUCUCAUACAGGGGUAUGGGUGAUGCAUGCUUUAUUAAGGCUCUUUUUUCACCUGGCAUUGUACUGUAUCAAUGUAUAAUACAAAAAAAGAAAGAAAAAAAUAGCCUCUUUAAGGUCCUCCUUCACAAAAACACAUAGAUGAAAACUCCCUCAAUAUGUUGGUAUUUGUUCAAGAUUUUGACUGUCAGUGUUAAAAAUGGAAAAAAAAAUUCAUGGUAAUUGAACAAAAUCUGACCAAUUCUGCCACCGUGAGACUUUCAUACAGACAUUGCACAACAAUUGUAUAGAUCACACAUCGGCUAUAUUUAAUAUGUAACCUUUCCACACAUAUUAAAAAUACAGAAGUAUUAAAAAAACAAUGUCAAUUUAUUUGCUUAAAAGGCACAAGUUUCACAUAUCUAUCUAGCUAUCUGUUGGUAGUACAGAAAGUAUACUACUUUUUUUAAAAAGUGGGCAGAAUUUUUGUGUAUGUAUAUUUGUGUGUAUAGUAUGUGUAUGUGUAUAUAUUAUAUAUAGAUAAUAUAUAAAUAUUUUUUUUAAGAAGAAACUAGAAUGUUUAGCUAGAAAAUUCUACAGCCUGUGAAGUAUUUCAAAAUGGCCAUAAAGGAGAUGAAAAUGAAAACUAUAGCCUGAGUUUUGCAGAGGCUUUAUCGUUAAUUUAAUGAUUUGCUGAAGCCUGUUUUAGCAUUGAGCCUAUUCCAGGCUGCAGACUGAGCUCUGCACGGACACGUCUGAAAUAGGGUACCUUUGGCCAUGCAGAAGUGGCAUGAACAGAAUACCAGCAUGCCAGCUGGACUCAAGACACACCAUGGUUUGAAUUUGGAUUUUCAGCCUUAUUAGAAGAUCUAACUUAAGAGUAAGCUAAUCACAGGGAUUCUUUUUUAGACACUUUUUAUGUGGAUAAAGCUAUUUUUCCCAGCAUGUAGAUUCUGCCAGUUUUUCCAAGGAAUGAUUUCCCCAAAUUAGCAUACCAUACAGGAUGGAAAGCUGGUAUUUCAUCCAGUACCUAGCUGCUGAGUUUGGGUGUGGGAUAUAUAUACAUACAUAUACACACACAUAUACUUGUAUGUAUAUGUAUAUGAGUCUAGCUGACCUGGUAUUUUGUUUCUUCUUGGAAAUGAGCAGUGAUUAAAGCUCACAUAACUGGUUUUGUUUUUUUUUUUAAAAAAAAAAUCUGGGCUGAUGAAUACAUUUAUCUAAAGAAUUUACUUCAUUUUGAUUGGGGAAAAAUGCACUUUCUGUUUGGCAGUUCAAAAUCCAAGCAUCUGAUUUGCUGGGUUUUGGAAAACUCCUUUUUUGGCCCUGCUGUAUGCUUAGCCAUAACAAUUCCAUGAAGCAAGAAGGUAAACAAAAGACAAAAAAAAAAGAAAAAGAAAAAAGCCUUGCACUGGCCUGUCUCACUUAUGAAACCGUGGAGGUGGUUUGACUGGGUGGGGCUGGGGACCAUGUACGUUCAUCCCUGUAAUUUUCAUAAUAAGCAAGUACAUAAAGAAGUACAUUCUGUUCAGGUGAUAACUGAGCCUCAAUCAAGCAGAAACUUUUUGCUUGAAAUUAAAAAAAUUUCUAUUAGUGAAAUUUCUUUUUUUUUAUUUUGGAAGCACCCUGUUAUCUAAAGAAUCUUUGUAAGAUUUUUGUAAAAUUUUGUUUUACAAGAUUUUAUUUGAAAUUGUUUUUUGCAAGAUUCUUAUAUUUCUGUAUGAAUGUAUUUUUUAUUGGAAUAACAUAAAAGAAUUCUUAUCAGCA